AUGGCUGACAGCAAGCCCAAGCCCCCCAAGCCUGCCAACAAGACGCCCCCCAAGUCCCCAGGGGACCCCACGAAGGACAAGGCAGCCAAGAGGCUGUCACUAGAGUUGGAGGACGCCAGCAAAGGGGGAGCCACCACGGCCCGGAGCCCAGCGCCCUGGAGGAGGUUUACGGUGCACUGGUACACCAGAGCCACCUGUAAGGAGAUGCAUGGCAAGAACUGGUCCAAGCUGUGCAGGGACUGCCAGGUGAUCGAUGGCAGGAACAUGACCGUCACCGACAUGGACAUCAUCUUCAGCAAGAUCAAGGGCAAGUCCUGCAGGACCAUCACAUUUGAGCAGUUCAAGGAAGCUCUGGAGGAGCUGGCCAAGAAGAGAGUCAAAGACAAGAGCCGUGAGGAGGCCACCCAAGAGGUGCACAGGCUCACUGAGGGCAAGGCCCCCAUCAUUUCGGGGGUGACGAAAGCCAUCUCCUCGCUCACCGUGUCGCGGCUCACGGACACCACCAAGUUCACGGUCCACAAGGAGUGCUUCGACCCGUCCAGAAGGCGCAAGGGCAGGGCGGGCCACGUGGACCUGGUGGACAAGUCAGGCUAUGUGCCGGGCUACAAGCACGCGGGCACCUACGACCAGAAGGUGCAGGGGAACAAGAAGCCGGUGGGGCCUUCUCCUGUCGCCCGGUCCCCCCCGCCGCCUCACACUUCGUUAUAUUCCUGUGCUUGCAGGCAGAACUCUGACCCAGGGCUGGACAGCCGCGGAGGCACCAGGCCUCCCUCCCCGGCGGACCCGCACUCCCCUCGAACCCAGCUUUGGCCCCGACUCACCUUUCCUAACACAACUGCCUCGUCCCUGCCAGGAAGUGGGCAGAUGACCCUUUCCAAAGUGUCUCCCAGGGCCAGACCACACCGGCCACUGGUUUGCAGCAAAGGGGGUGUUUUAAAGGAGCUGGUGGGCAGACGCUGUCUGGGGGUGCUGACCCGCAAGCGCCAAGGCACCAACCAGCAGCACCGAUAA